AUGACAGGAAGGAACCAGUCUACCAUCUCAGAGUUUCUCCUUCUGGGUCUGCCCAUCCCAUCAGAGCACCAGAACCUGUUCUAUGCCCUGUUCUUAGCCAUGUAUCUUACCACCAUCCUGGGGAACAUCCUCAUCAUCAUUGUCAUUUGCCUGGACUCCCAUCUGCACACACCCAUGUAUUUGUUUCUUAGCAACUUGUCUUUCUCUGACCUCUGCUUUUCCUCUGUGACCAUUCCUAAACUGUUGCAGAACAUGCAGAGUAAAGUUCCAUCCAUCCCCUAUGCAGGCUGCCUGACCCAAAUGUACUUCUUCCUGUUUUUUGGAGAUCUGGAGAGCUUCCUUCUAGUGGCCAUGGCCUAUGACCGCUAUGUGGCUAUCUGCUUCCCCCUGCACUAUCCCACCAUCAUGAGCCCCAAGCUCUGUCUCUCCCUGGUGGUGCUGUGCUGGGUGCUGACCACAUUCCAUGCCCUGUUGCACACCCUGCUCAUGGCAAGACUGUCAUUUUGUGUGGACAAUGUGAUCCCCCACUUUUUCUGUGACAUGUCUGCUCUGCUGAAGCUGGCCUGCUCCAACACUCAUGUCAAUGAGCUGGUGAUAUUUAUCAUGGGAGGACUCGUUGUUAUCAUCCCAUUCCUACUCAUUAUUGUGUCCUAUGCACGAAUAUUCUCCUCUAUCCUCAAAGUUCCUUCUUCUCAUGGUAUUCACAAAGCCUUGUCCACCUGUGGCUCCCACAUUUCUGUGGUGUCACUGUUCUAUGGGGCAAUUAUUGGUCUCUAUUUAUGUCCAUCCACUAAUAAUUCUACUGUGAAAGAGACCAUCAUGGCUCUGAUGUACACGGUAGUGACUCCCAUGCUGAACCCUUUCAUCUACAGCCUGAGGAACAGAGACAUGAAGAGAGUCCUUUGUAGGAAGAAAAUUCCCUUGUGUUUUUGA